UCUAUGUUACUCUAUGUUGUCCUUAUAUAUAACUUACGAUCACAUCUUUAUCUCUCUAUAGUUCAUCACUUCCACAAUCUCAAGAGAGCAACAAUGGAAGGUGAAAUCAACAAUCUCAUAGUGGUAUGUAUCACAGUCUUGGCAUCAAUAUGCUAUUGCUAUGCCAUAGGCAAGUUUAUCACCAAAGGUCCUCCUAGACUUCUUGCCAUCCUCCCAAUUGUAUGUCUCUUUUUCUAUCUUCCAUUCACUCUCCACUCAAUCCAUUUUGGAAGCUCAACCUCUUUCUUCAUCUCAUGGCUUGCCAACUUCAAGCUCCUCCUCUUUUCUUUUGGCAAGGGUCCUUUAUCCUCUCACCCACCGAUACCUUUGUCACUUUUCAUCACCAUAGCUUGUCUACCCAUCAAGAUUCAAAACCACCAAACCAUUCAAAAAAGUCACAAAUCGCCUCUAAAUUAUGCCAUAAAGGUUAUACUCUUGUCUGCAAUUAUGGGUGUCUAUGGUUAUAGAGAAUAUGUACAUCCAAAAUUUAUAAUGAUAUUAUAUUGCUUUCACAUAUACUUAUGCCUUGAGCUGAUGUUAGCAACGGUUGGGGCCCUGGUUCGAGCCUUAGGACGGUUAGAGCUCGAGCCACAAUUUGACGAGCCUUACCUAUCUAGCUCGUUGCAAGACUUUUGGGGCAAGAGGUGGAAUCUCAUGGUUACUGGUAUCUUACGCCCGACAGUAUACGAUCCGGUUCGAUCCAUAUCUACUCGUCUGAUAGGGAAGAAGUGGGGCUCACUUCCAGCAGUACUUGCGACAUUUUUUGUAUCUGCUAUGAUGCAUGAACUGAUUUUCUAUAACGUUGGAAGAGUGAAGCCCACAUGGGAAGUCACUUGCUUCUUUCUCAUUCAUGGGGUGUGUUUGGCCAUGGAAAUUGUGAUCAAGAAGGCGAUUAAUGGCAAAUUCCGAUUAUCGCCGAUCGUGUCAGGUCCGUUGGUGCUUAUGUUCGUGUUAGUUACAAGCAUCUGGUUGUUCAUUUUCCCAGCUUUACGAUGUGAUUUCGACGUCAGGACACGAAGAGAGACGGCUGCUUUUGUAGAGUUUGUUAAGAAUUUGGACAAAUUUGUUAAAUUUACGUCAUUUAAAGCAAUUAGUAGAUAGGCGUAUCCUUGUUACUUAGUAUAUGAAUUUCAGCUUCUAAUGAAACGCGCAUAUUUAAUUUUGUC